UAGUAGCAAGGAAAAAAGAGCAAGAGAACAAAAUACAUGCAACAAAGACGGUUGACACAUUGCACACCUUCCCUUUAAUUGCUGGCAGCUCAAAUUUAGAGGUUUGCAGCUAGCAAGCAAAGAUUCUUUUCCACCCAUUCCCAAUUACUAUAUUAAUUACUCCUCUUGUAUGCGUGUAUAUCUUUCUUCAUCAUCCUGUCUUCUACUUCUUCUUCAUACUCUGGAGUCGGUCAACUCAAUCUAGUAUGUUAGCUAUAUUGAAAGAUAUUAUUCACAAGUUUUCUCUAUCUAUAGAAGUCUGAACCUUGACUCAUUGAUGCUCUUUCAUUAAUAGGUAAUUAUAGGACUAGAACACAGAUAGUAGUAUAUAACAAUAAUUAAAGUGCAAAUGGUACAACUAGUUUUGAUCCUCAUUUUGAGCAGUGGUUAUCUAGUCGGGUUUUCUCAAGGCCAACUUAGAGUUGGUUUCUAUGGUAACACUUGCCCAGAUGCCGAGAACAUUGUCAGAGAUGUUGUCGGUGAAGCGGCCUCCUCCAGCAACGAUGUUGCUCCACACUUACUCAGGCUUCAUUUCCACGACUGCUUUGUUGAGGGGUGCGAGGGGUCUAUACUGAUUCAGAACGGGCCAACAGCUGAGAAAGGAGCAUUUGGGCAUCAGGGCCUCCAAGGUUUUGAUGUGAUUGAGAACGCCAAGGCACAGUUGGAAGCUGUGUGCCCAGGGGUGGUUUCUUGUGCAGAUAUUGUGGCUCUGGCCGCAAGAGACGCUAUCGUUUUGGCCAAUGGACCGUUUUACCAGGUUGAAACCGGAAGAAGAGAUGGACUAGUUUCGGACAAGUCCUUGGCUGAUAACAUGCCGGAUGUUGAGGAUUCAAUUCAGGUACUGAAGACCAAGUUUCAGCAGAAAGGCCUCACCGCCAAAGACCUUGUGGUUCUCAGCGCUGCACACACAAUUGGUACCGCAGCAUGCUUCUUCAUGACAGAUCGGCUCUACAACUUCCCACCAAAUGGAGGCUCCGAUCCUUCCAUAGACCCGCAACUUCUCCCUGAAUUAACCAGUACAUGUCCCAAAAAUGGCGAUGUAAAUGCCCGAUUGCCGAUGGACCGCGGCAGCGGGCAGACGUUCGACGACCAGAUUCUGCGAAACAUCAGAAGCGGCUUUGCAGUUCUACGAUCCGACGCCAGCCUGUACGAGGAUGAAGCUACAAGGAGCGCGGUGGAUUCUUAUUUUGGUUUUCUUGCUCCAUCCCUGGAGCAAGAUUUUGCUGCUGCAAUGAUCAAAAUGGGGAGGAUUGAAGUAAAGACUGGUUCCCAAGGCACAAUCAGGCGCGUCUGUUCUGCUUUUAACUGAUUGUAUUAUAUUUACCUCCCAAAGAAAGAAAGAAAGAAAAAUCAUGUGCUUAUCACACGUAUAUGUACUACGGUAUUUGAUACUCCAAUGAAUAAUAGUAUGUCGAGUUGUUCUUAU